CCCCACUCAUCUCUGCCUAAAAUCGUAGCGUUGUGCAUCUCCCUAAGUACUCAUCACUGGUAUCGAUACUAAUAUUGGCGUGGGUCGUGAACUGCUAUAGUGUAAGCACUCUUGGUUUGUUUUACUUCUUCGAGUUUCAACUAAUUCAACGCUAAUCACAAAAAAGAGGCUUGUAAUUUGUGCUUUGCAGUUUGUUUCCGUGGUAUCAGCGUUUGGUAUGGCUGAAAUGGGAUUGAGUUUAGAUGACAUAAUUAAAAAAUCGAAACCUUCAGGAAUGAGAGGCAGAGGCGGAAUACGUAGAGGUGUCAGCAGAGGAGCUCGUGCUAAUGGAUCUGUCCGAGGACGUGGAACGCAUGUGAUUGCAGAUGCACGCUUUAAGAUAAUCCAAAAAAAUCGUGAGAAACUCACUGAUGCACGUGAUAAGUUAGCUGAAAUAGCUAAGCAAAGUGAUGCACGUUUGAAGCUAGACAAGCUGCGUGCAUCUCAUUUAAAGAAGAUCGAUGCACCUAUGUCUGGGAUUUCGCGGAAAACUGGACGGAAUGGACGGAUUUCGCUAACUACUAAUAAAAUGCCUCCAGUAAUACAGCUUGUAUCACCUACGAACUAUAUACCAACUCAUACAAGAACUGUUGGAUAUCGAUCAACUCCUGUAGCAGAACCACAUUAUGUGGAUGAUAUGAAUAUGGACUAUAAUGAAGAUUACUUGAUAGAACAACCUCCAUUAAGACGUACAGUUAGUAAUGAAUAUGCACCAACACCACCGCCACCACCACCUGUGUUCAGUAUUAAACCUUCGUCGCCGUAUACCUGGGUAAAACCCCCAACGAGCAAUGUUGGAAGGAAUAUUCCUUCACGGAAAGCAGAGGUUGAGAGAUCCAGGGAGUUUAAGAUGGCUGCUCGCACUGCUAUGACUAAGCCCAUUCCUUCAUCAUUUCGAGAAGACUGGUCAUUCAACUCAAAAUCGAGAACUAUCUUAACCGAUGAUGUCGUGGAUGACAAAUAUUUUGAGCAACGUUCCCAUCGAGAAGUAGGAGUGAAAUCUCGGUUAGAUUCAGCACCGAUAAAGCCAAGAACGAUGGGAAUUCUUUCACGUCCCAAAACGAGUUCCGGCUCGUCAUCGCAAUCUACAGGAUAUCGAAUUGUAGUUUCCAAUUUGCAAGCAAACGUUACUCAAGAAGAUAUCAAGGAAUUAUUCGAGGACGUCGGAGAACUAUUGGUAUCCAGAUUAGUCAGACCAGGUACCGCUGAAGUCAUCUACAAGACUUUAAAAGACGCAACCAAGGCCGUCGAGACGUACCACAAUAGGCAGCUAGAUGGACAUCCCAUGAAGUGUCUGUUGGUGAAUCCUCGACCAAAAAAUAAUCCAACUGGACCAGCAGUAAGACCUAUGGCAGAGACAAGAAGAAACGCCAGUUCAAGUUAUGUACAACCGAGCUUAGGUGCAGUCCAUCGUGCGUUAUUCGACGAUUGCCAUAAUUAAAGUGCAUCCUCUCUGAACGAGUGCAGGUAUCGUUAUUGAAGGGUGUUAAAUGUUAAUUCAGAUUCGCAGGCGCUCCUCUUUUAUUCCCUGUUUGUAUGUAGCUCUUGCAAAUUGCCUUCUAUCUUUCGAUUCAAAUCUUUUUUUUUUUUUUUAAUCAUACAAAUAUACAAUUAUGUCUCGCGAGUCUUGGACGUUUCUCGAGAUAACAAUGCUCGAGCGUGGGUCAAUGAAUUUCUUGUACAUUUCAUACAAUUGAAUAAAGGUAUACAAUGAAUGGUUUUUUUAAAACAAA